UUGCACUUCUCCUGAACAAGCUAUAACAUAAACGUUUCGGAACAAAAACUUUCUCCUCCCCUUGCCCUCACCGUCAUGGUCCUAAAGCCCUCCCAAGCACCUCACAUUUGCUCACUGAAGUUCUUCCUCUGACUGUGUAAAUACCAAUGUAGUUAACCCUGAGUUAACCAUUGUAGCCAUUUCUGACGUACUACACCAAUAAAAUUGGAUGUCUUUUAAGGUCCACUGAUGAUCGUUAGUCUACAUCAGUGGUCUCCAACCCUGGUCCUGGAGAGCUACAGGGUCUGCGGGUUUUUGUUUUCACCUUAAAAUCAGCACCCAAUUGAGACCCAAGCCACCAGAGACCUGCUCAGUGAAAAUGGCCUCCUCCCAGUCAGGCAGUUCACCAGUGGCAGAACUAAACACCUCGUCAUCUGCAGAGCAUGAGGGAAAAAAGGAAAUAAAGAAGGAGAAAGAAGAGGUCAAGGAGCAACCUAGAAGAAGCAGAGGUAAAGGGAAGCAACUAAAGACUAUACGCCCAAACAAAUGCUCCUCCUGCCAUGAGGAUUCUCCAAGUCCUUCGGGUCUUCACAGUCGUAAAAUAUCUGCACAUGACAAGGACUGGCAACCGCUCACCUGCAAUCAGUGUGAAAAGACAUUUUCCAGUCGAUCUCAGCUGUCCAAGCACCAGCGCUCACACUCCGCCCUGCGUCCCUUCCAGUGUCCACAGUGUCACAAGGCUUACAAGACACCCACUGAAUUACGCAAUCAUGCCCGUUCCCACACAGGGGAAAAACCAUUUGUCUGUUCUGAGUGUGGCAAAGCCUUUAUGCAGGCUAUCUGUCUGCGCAUUCACAUGACACAGCACAGUGGUGAGCGACCUCACUCCUGUCCCCAUUGCUCCAAGAGCUACCCAACACUGUCAAAGCUUAAAGUGCACCAGCGCUCACACACAGGAGAGAAGCCCUAUUUUUGUGUGGAAUGUGGGAAGAGCUUUGCCGACCCCUCUGUAUACCGCAAGCACAGACGCAACCACCAAGGCCACCGACCCUACUCUUGUGGCUUGUGUGGCAAGACUUACACUGAGCUAAAAGAUCUGAAGAACCAUGAGCGUUCGCAUACAGGAGAGAAGCCUUACCUCUGCUCGGACUGUGGAAAGGCCUUCUCCCGCUCAUCCUCUCUGGCUUGUCACUUGCGUAUCCACUCUCAGAGUAAGCCCUACCAAUGUGAGCAGUGUGGGAAGGGGUUCACACAGUUGUCUUCCUACCAAUCACAUCUGCGCACACACUCUGGGGAGAAACCCUUUCUCUGCCCGCAGUGCGGGAAGAUGUUUUCCGAUCCUUCCAGUUUCCGUCGCCACCAGAGGGCACAUUCUGGUUUCAAGCCCUACCCCUGUGAUAAGUGUGCUAAGCGUUUCCGACAGCCAGCAGAUUUGGCAGUUCAUCUACGGGUGCAUUCAGGCCAGCGGCCAUACAAAUGUCAGAGCUGUGACAAGGCAUUUGUGGCAUCGUGGGACCUGCGGCGCCACAUGCUGGUGCACACUGGGCUUCGACCCUUCUCUUGUUCUGAAUGCGGGAAGUCCUUUGCUGAGCGCUCAAGUCUCAACAAGCACUGCAGGGUACACUCUGGGGAGCGUCCUUUUAAAUGUAGUUUGUGCUUCAAGGCUUUUGUUGUCUCUUCAAGUCUUCGAAAGCAUGAGCGUACACAUCUGGCUGAGAGACCACCGCAACAGCAGGCAUCGUCUGCAUCUGAGUCUGCGCAGCCUUUUUCAAUGUCCCUCUCCACUCCCACCACCCUUCCCCAGUUUUCAUGCAGCCAUUGUGAUGCUACAUUUGGCACAUGGGAAGAGGUUCAAGCCCAUGAAAGUCUCCACAGCAUCCCUCCUCCACCUACCACCGUUGCUCUACCACUAGGUCCACACACAUGCACUUUGUGCCAAGCAGAGUUUGUCCAACUAUCUGAUCUGCAUGCCCAUGAGAAAACCCAUCCCAAGCCCCGGCCCCACAUUUGUGAAAGCUGUGGAAAGGGCUUUUUGAACCAGGCUGGUUUGCGUAAACACCAGCGCAUCCAUUCACCCACCCGACCCCAUGCCUGCCCAUAUUGUGGGAAGGCAUUUUUGUUUGCGGCCUAUCUUCGUAAGCACAUGCGCAUCCACCGUGACCAUCUACCCUCUUCCCCACCAUCUCAACCUGCUCAAAUUACAAACACCCAACUCCUUCCUUCUCAGUCAUCUGUAAAUGCUGUUUCUUCAUCCACUACAGAUCCUAGUGCUAUCUCUUUGACUGUUCCAGUGUCUGUGUCUCUGUCUGCAUUCCAGACCCUGCCAGCCACUGUGUACAUUGACAAAGCAGAGGGUCUCUAAUGCGGACUGUAUUUCAUACAUUUGUCAUUGGCCUGCAUAAUAUUCGGAAGAUCAACUAGCCCUGGUCUUGAAGAACUGCUUUUCUUAUGGCUUUUUACAGAAUCAUUUAUCACCAGCAUAAUGACCACAUUGAGAAAAGUGGAAUGAAAUUAAAAUAUGUUGAAAAUGAUCUACUAUGGUGGCCACCUCUAACCUCUACACUGAAAUUUAGUAUUUUUUUAUAAGAAUGUGUAUUUAUGCCUUCAGUUCUCCACUGCUUCAAAUAGAUGUUGGGAGGGGUAUUGUGAGGUGAAUGUUUACAUUACUUUUUUCUAGUUGGCAAACUCUGGAGGAUUUCUUUUCCAUGCUCAUUUAGCUUCUCUGUUGUCAACUUUCAUGUGUGGGUCCUCACUUGUGUUGAAUUAUAGCAUAAAAUAUACAAAACCUCUGAAAUCAUGAUGAUCAAAUGAGGAUUGUUAUUAUUUCUGUCCUACUUUGCUACAUUAUGUAAUAAUACAUUUUGAAUUUUUGAAAUAGUAGAUGUCUUUCUGGAAAGUAUACUGAAACUGAUAUUUCAUAGUUCUUUUUUAAUCCAGAUCAACUGCAACAGGGCUGAUAUUAUACAAAAAUGACAAGAUACUGCAGAACAAUUAGUUAUGAGGGAUUAUUCAGAUCUGCUAACUGUGGAUUACUACCUUAAUUUAACCUGGGAUCACCAAAGCAACGAAGAGAGUGACUUACUGUGGUAGAAAAUUCAUAAUUAUAAGAACACUGUAUACCAUCUUAGUGUGAUUAUGUUCCACGUAUGAACUGGAGACCUAUUAAAACCACGUCAGAAUUAAAAUGCUUUUGAA